UAAUAUAUUUGGUUUUUCGAGAGUUUUAUCUUUAUUUUCCUUUCGUGUCAUUUUUUGGUUAUUUUGGCGGUAUCCAUAUCGAAAUUCCCUCCGAAAUUCAGAACGGUGUGUAAAUCCCCAGCGCGUCCAUCCAAUCCGGGACGUGUAUCACCACGGAAACCGUGAGCGAAAGGCCACAACAACAGCCGCCAACGUUGGAGCGCGUGUGAGUGUUUUUACAGCCGCUGACGAAAUAGAGAUAGUUCCAGCACACACCAAAGAGCAAGUCGCUCCAUACACACACAUUUCAGUGCCCAGCGAGCAGUCCCGCAGCAGCAGUCCCGUAUCCGCCGAUCCCCCACAGAUCCCAUCAACAUCAUCAUCACCAUGUCCAGCGAGGCCAACACACCCGUUCUGCCCAACUGCAUCCGUCUGCCGCUGCCGGAGGACGAGCUGCUGGAGGUGACGGCCAAGGCCAAGGACUAUGCCAUCAUGCACGGCGCUGCCAUGCGUUCCAAGACCGCCUUUAGCCCGGAUUCCCUCAACUUCGCACCCUUCGUGCUGGUUCCAUCGUCAUUUCCCCGCAAGGAGUUCGAAAAGGCGGUGGCCCUGCAGCCAAUUAUUAAUCGGUUAAUGCACAAUGUGGCCCACGACGAGGAGUUCAUCACCACAACGCUGGCGGAAACGAUCAAGGUGGACGAGUUCACGGCCAAUCUGUUCAACAUAUAUCGAAAGGUCCUGGCGCACGGCUUCACCCAGAAAAUAUCGCUGGGAAUGCUGCGCAGCGACCUAAUGCUGGAGUCUGGCUGUCCGGAGCUAUCACCGCGGGCCCAGCGUCCGGCGGCUGGUGAGGAUUUGGAUUUGGACUGUGUGGCUGUGGAUGCGGAUAUGGCUGUAAAUGCUGUGGGGACUGCUGCAGCUGGCACUGGCAGGAAGGUAGUAGCGGCGGCGGCGGAAGCGAGCACGGAGCAGGAGGAGGAGCAACUGAAGCAAAAAGUGGCCAAUACCAUUCAGUCCGCUUACUGCUGCUGGAAACAAGUCGAGAUCAAUACAAUAGCUUCGGGCUUUGGCCAUUUGGGACCAGCAAGUAAAACCAUACAAAGAUUUGUACUUAGUGAGCUGGGACAUGCGGAUAAGCUGCACAAUAUGCCGAAUAACAAUGCCCUCGCUGGACUCUGCGAUGGCAUGGUCAAGGCCUGGGACAUUUAUGGCAAGCCCAAGGCAGUCAUCCUGUUCAUCAUCGAGGACGUGUCCUAUAACAUUUGUGAUCAGCGUUUCCAUGAGUUCUACAUUCGGGAGACCUAUCCGCACAUCAAGGUACUGCGCCGCACCCUCACCGAUGUCCACAAAGAGGGCAAGCUGGGCCAGUCCAAGGAGUUGCUACUUGGCAAUCUGGAGGUGGCCGUCAUCUAUUUCCGUGCUGGCUACGAGCCCGGUCACUAUCACUCGCAGGCCGAGUGGGAUGCCCGCUAUUUGAUGGAGACAUCUUUGGCCAUCAAGUGUCCAUCGAUUCACUAUCAUUUGGCUGGGACCAAGAAGGUGCAACAGGCUCUGGCUCAGCCGGCCGUAUUGGAGCGCUUUAUCAAUGAUCCGGAUGAGAUUAAGGCGGUGGGCAAGAUCUUUACGGGUCUGUAUUCCCUGGACGACAAUGAGGCAGGCAAUGCCACCUAUGAGAUGGCUUUGCGUACUCCCGAAAAGUUCGUGCUGAAGCCACAGCGAGAAGGUGGCGGCAAUAAUGUGUACGGUGUGGAUAUUCCCGAUGCCCUCAAGCGCAUGUCGCGCGUGGAGCGCUCCGCCUGGAUCCUGAUGGACCUCAUCCACCCGCCGCUGACCAAGGGCUAUAUGGUGCGUCCUGGAGGCGAUAUGCCGCCCCAGAUCGUUGAUAUGGUCUCUGAGCUGGGCAUCUUCGGUGUGGUGAUCGGGGAUGCCGAGCAUAUUGUCCAUAACUACCAGGCGGGACACAUGCUGCGCACGAAGCUCUCGACGGCCAAUGAGGGCGGUGUGGCCGCCGGCCUGGGCGCCCUCGACAGUCCCUAUUUGAUUGAUAGCGAUGACGAGCAGAACUAGAGAGAUUCCGGACAGUCCUACGGGAUCGCAUGGCAUUCCAUCCUGUUGCCUCAAUAUUAUUAUAUAUAUUAUGUAUAAAGGAUUAUUUUUGUAAUUGUUUCCCCCCGCUCCGCGCCCCAAAAAAGUGCAAUAAUAAACAAAAUGUGAAGGUA